AUGGCAACAGCAACAAAGGAACAACAGCAACACAGCAAUCCUUACGCAACGCAGCAACUUAAUGUUUAUUGUAUACAAAUAGCCGAACAAGAACGAAACACGCAGCAGCACACGGUUCGUCGUCAGGAUGUUACGUACCGCUUGGCGGAACAGGGGCGAGAUACGCGUCUUCACUCGAUUCGUCGUCAAGAUGAUGUAUACAGAUUGGCCGAACAACAGCGAAACACGCAGCAGCACACGGUUCGUCGUCAGGAUGUUACGUACCGCUUGUCGGAACAGGGGCGAGAUACGCGUCUUCACUGGCUUUGUCGUCAAGAUGAUGCAUACAGAUUGGCCGAACAAGAGCGAAACUCGCAGCAACACGCUAUUCGUCGUCAGGAUGUUACGUACCGCUUGGCGGAACAGGAGCGAGAUACACAUAAUCACUCGCUUCGUCGUCAGGAUGAUGCAUACCGAUUGGCCGAACAAGAGCGGAAUACGAUUGAACAUUCGCUUCGUCGACAGGAUGAUGCUUACAGGAUGGCCGAACAGGAGCGAAAUACAGUUCAACGUUCGCUUCGUAGACAGGAAUUGGAAUAUCGAUUGGUCGAACAGCAGCGAGAUACGCUUCAGCAUUC